UGUGUGUGUUGCUGAACUCUGCCUGUGUGAGUGUGUUUUCGUUCACGACCAGAACAUGAGGAACUCCUCCGACCGCCCUCUGUAGCCGCAUAACGUGUGCACAGUUUGGCUGUGUGUGUUUUAGUUAAAAUGCUGGGGUUUACAGAACUCUGCUUUGGUCUGAUGUCUGUGUUCCACCUGACGUUAGCACGAUGCAUCAACAACAACGACAGGAACGUGUUUCUUCAUGAGACCUCAGCAGACUCGUUCCUGUCGCGCUCGCUGCUCUACAACAAGUGGGACUUCGAGCUGGUGACUCCAGGGAACAUAGAGCGAGAGUGUAUGGAGGAGAUCUGCUCUUACGAAGAGGCCAGAGAGGUGUACGAGGACGACCAAAAGACGGCAGCAUUUUGGAAAACGUACACACACAGUCACGAGAGCUCCUCCCAUGUGGACGUGGCCGGGCUGGUGGCUGGGAUCUUGGGUGCUGUGGUUUUUGCCAUCAUCAUGCUGGUGCUCGGCUGCUACUGCUACAAGAGAAAGAGCAAAACUGUAAGACGAGGGGGCAGUGUCCCAGUGAGAAUGGCAGCAGACGGACGUCAAGCGCCGGAGACGGUUCCUCUGGCUAACAUCGCUGCUCCGGGUUUACCCAGCUACAACGAGGCCCUGAACCACAGCGGGCAGCACGACGCACCUCCUCCUCCAUACACAGGAGUGGAGCCCAGCGAGGCCAGCGAGCCCACAGCACCACAGCCUGAAGAGUGAGGGGAUGAGACCCUCAGGCCCGGGCCCUUCAGCAGCAG